GCCAGCAGGAGAUUCCUUUAAACAAUGAUUCUUCUCCAGUCUUGUCCAGCUGCUGGCUGUAGUCCCAGCUUUGUAAAACGGAAAAGGGUAGUGGCCAUCAGACAUGAAAGCCCACGAUUCAAAGCAUUUUUUAAACAACUUUCUGCGUGGCCAGCACAGAUCUCAGGUAAGCUGAUCUUGAAUACUCAAGGAUCCUGGGAAGCUGUGUGCCCAUUGUCUAUGGCACGUUCCGGCCCUCUUUGACUGAGCUGGAUAGGAGAUACUUAUUUUGCCAUGAACUACAUCAUCCCAGGAUUCUGCUAUCUCUUGGUGUAUCUGCUGAGGAAGCACACAUUGAGUCAAGCUAUUCUUGAGCCUCCAUCUAUCUCAUUUUUAGCUGGCUACGACACUUUCCUCACUGGAGAACCAGUCCUUCUCAAAUGCAAGGCUCCAGAUAACAUAUCAGUUCAUGGGUACAUGUUCUACAGGAACGAGCAGGAGGUGCCGAACAUUGUGGAAUCACAUGGAAACAUUUUCCAUAUAAAUAUGGUGAACAUGGACAAGAGAGGAUCCUAUACCUGUAUAUAUUUGGUGUUGGACUCCAGAGGGCUUUGGAAAUCUAGGCAGAGUCCUCCUGUAUUUCUCUCUGUCUUAGAUCAGCCUUCCACGCCUAGAAUAUUACUCAACCCAAAACAGCAGCUUUACUUUGAGGGGGAGUCUGUAACUCUCUUGUGUGACCACCCACAUGCUAAUUCCCAGACUCGGUACAAUUUUUAUAAAGAUGGCACUGAAUUACUGAGCUAUAUUGAUGUAAUCCACUCUAAACUCCAAUUUUCAAGUCUGAGCACAAAGGAUUCUGGGACAUAUUCCUGCCAGUACUGGUUAUUGCCAAAUCAAAGAAAGGUCACUUCAUCAAGAAGCAAGGGAGAAGAGUUUGUUGUUACAGCUCUCUCUGCUGCUCCAACCCUGAAUUGUUUUCCAUCUUACUCAACAUUUAUUUUGGGAGAGACUGUUGUCUUGGAAUGCAUGGCUCCACCUCCAAUUAUUGUUACAUUGUAUCGAAUGUACAAGGAAGGAAAGGAAAUAAAUGAUUCUCCAAAUUCUCCCUCUGGGAAGCUUUCUCUCCAUAACGUCACUAAGGAAGACCAAGGCACAUAUACUUGCAUGUAUUGGAGUGCCAACAGCCUAAGAGAAAUACCAUCUACACAGAGUAGAACACGAGAGCUCCAUGUAAUAGCUCCGUUACUUCCACCUUUGCUGUCUUUAGACCCUCCGAAUGGUCGGGUUUGGGAUGGGGGAAAUGUGACCCUGAUCUGUACCAUACGUACUCCUGAGGAAAGCACCUUGUAUGAUUUUCACUUUCUGAAUGAAAAGCAGGAAAUGAGUGUGUUCGCAAACAAAACAGAGACGAGAAAGACUUUAACCAUUAUGGUUUGGAGACGUAAUAACACUUCUGAGUCCAAGUACUUUUGUCAGUACACCGCAAACAUCAAAGGGCGUUUGAUACUCUCACCGAAAAGUUCACAUGCUGAAAUAACUGUGACAACUGGUUCAGUGCUCUGGAUUAUCGUGGUUGGGAUUGUUGCUGGGAUUGUUGUACUGAUAAUAAUGAUUGUUCUUCUCUGCUGGGUUUUGACUGGCAGAAAAGGCUCAUCUAAAGAUGACACCGAGUCCAAACCUUCUUCUGAAGAUGCUGACAAGUUCACCUCCCUGAGAACUCAAGAUGAUUGCUGAAAUGAAUGGACUUCAACAAUUUGCAUGUUCAAAAAAUAAUGUCUGGACAUUGAAUAAAACAUUUGUUGAUUUUAAAAGUA